AGAUACGCGCUUUGAGGUCAUGUCAUCGUCAGGCCCUUCCAUGGCGCGCAUUUAAGGACGGGGCUUAGGCGAAUCAUUACACAUAUCGUGCACUUCCCCUACAAAGAUCAAAUGAGAGGUACCAACAGCUACACUCUAAGUCGCGCGGUCUUUUACGCCUUACUCUGGUCUGUUGCCGUCAUCCUGCUGGCCCUUACGGCGUAUCGUAUCCACUUCACGAAAAGUUAUGGUGUAGGCUAUGAACCUAUCAUCGUGGAGCUUCUGGUUUCUUCCAUCCUCACUGUGCUCUGGGUACCACUCGUAGUGCUCAUGAUAUUUGUUGAGCUUGCUGCAAGCUCCCGAGAUAACGCUAGGCAUCCCCGGUACCUUCCCUUUGAACUGUUGGGACUUGCCAUCCUGUGGGUGAUGUGGCUCGUCGGUGCCGUGUAUACCACCAACCGCAUACUCCCGGGUCGCAACUGGUGUAUCAUUGGCGGGAGGCAAUGCAACAUCUUGUCAACGCUUCUUGCUUUCGCUUGGAUAGGCUGGUCUUUGUUGAUGCUCUUGGGUAUCAUGGCCUUGAUGCAUUCGGCCCAUGGGCUCGCGUCCGAUGCGAAUACCGGUACGCGGAUUGAGAAAAAUAAGGGAGUUGUUUCGGAAAGCACCCAUACGGGGACUGGACAGCCAGCCCCUACCCAGCCAACAAAUGUCUAAUUGACGGCCUUGUAAUCAUGGCACGCAAACUCACAUGUAUGAUAUGAUGAGUUCAUAACUUCUAAUGUAUUACUUCCACGUACACACUUCUAUGUCACCGUUAUCAGUUUCCGAUGCUUAUACAUCCAAGAAUAAUAGCGCGAAAAUGGUACACAUACACCUACAUAACACAGAGCCAAUGAAUUGUUCUAGGUAGUAGCAGCCCACGCCUUCAAAUCUAUGGGAUCAUUCUUGGACAUCUCUAUCCAUUUGAAUUGCUAAAAAAAAUUGUCAAAUCUCGUCUUUCA